CUCUACCGGACUUGUUCGCAUCAAUAGACGUCUAUAUCAAAUUUACUUUUCAAAUGAUUUUCAAUUUAGUGCUGUUGGGUUUUAUGGUAAACCAAAGUGGCGCUUUUCCUGUCCCUCUUGACAAAUUCCCCGAAUCCGAAGCCCAGUAUUAUCUAGCGAGUUUCGGCUAUCUGGAUCCGGAAUUAAAGAAUUCAUCCACCUCGUCUGUUUCCGCUGGUACUGUGCGAAAUGCCGUAAGUGAAUUCCAGUCCUUUUUCGGCUUGGAUCCAACAGGUGAAGUGGACGAGGAAACAUUGACAUGGAUGAGGAAACCGCGUUGCGGACUUCCGGAUCGUAUUAUACCGGAAGGUUCUUCCACUCGCCGGAAGCGCAGCAUUGAUAUUAAAGAAGAUCGUUGGGCUAAAGAUGAAUUAACUUAUAGUAUUAGCAAAUACACGCCGGAUUUGGAAAAAUCCGUCGUAGAUCGAGAAAUCGCAAACGCGUUUCGGCUGUGGGAGGAAGUAACUCCAUUGACCUUCACUUUUGUUGAGACGGGAAACGUUGACAUUGAAAUCCGUUUUGAAUCUGGCGCUCAUUCAGACAGUAGAAAUCACGAUGCGUUUGAUGGCCAGGGUAAAAUAUUAGCUCACGCGUUCUUUCCCCAAUCGGGCGGUGACGCACAUUUCGACGAAGCCGAAACAUGGACCAUUAGCAGCGAUGGUACGAAUCUGUUCCAGGUGGCUACUCACGAAUUUGGCCACGCCCUUGGUCUGGAGCAUUCUGAAUCCAAAACGGCUGUGAUGUAUUCAUUCUACGAUUACCGCUCUGAUUUCAAAUUGGAAACUGACGACGUCAACAGAAUCCAGCAACUCUAUGGCGCGAAAAUCAAUGAUGGGUGGUUAAAAGAAAAAUUUAAAGGAAUUGCAGCUGACAUGGGAAAAUUGGAAAAAGAAUUGCGAGCAACAAAAAAGGAAUUGGAGGAAGCGAAGGUUACCAUCGAGAAUUUGAAAACAACUUUAAACGCGAGAACGAGGGACAUAAAGAACAACGACGGUAAAAUGCCAACUUCCUGCGAAGACUUGGAAUUAAUGGGUCAGAAAAUUAACGGAAUAUUUUUAGUGAAGGGAACAAAGGCCACAAUCGAUACAGUCUUUUGCGACUUUAAUCCGAACAGCAACAACGAUUUCCAGAAAUGGAUCGGUUACACCGAGGUCAAAUCAGCGCCUGUCUAUUUCUACGUGCAACGGAACAGUCCGUUUUACGCAUUUAAAGAUGCGAUUCCGUUCGAUUUUGCUCGAGUCAACUUUGGAAAUGCCAUUGAUUUAUCAACGGGAAUAUUCACGGCACCGAAAUCUGGCACUUAUUUCUUCUCAUUCACUGGAUUGGCCGCUUUCCCAGAGACAAAAUCUCCAGAAAAGAUGCAGUUAGGGAUAGGACUUUACAAGAACGGUGAUCGUGUCGGAAGGGCCCUAGCAGAAGAGUCCAACACCGUCGACAAUCAGAAGUGUCCCCUGGGUCUCCAGUCGACGCUGAAAUUAGUGGCGAAUGACGACAUUUGGUUGCAGAUUGAUGUGAAAUCGACUCCAGAAGUGUCUCUAUUUGAUGACGCAGGUGUGGAACGAGAUGACCAUUGGACUCAUUUUACCGGAUGGAUGUUACAAGAGGAAAUUCUUGAGUAACACUGAAUUUUUCGUGCCCUCUUGGCUGAACAAUACUAGUGAAUUUUUUCAAGAAAAGAGAACACAAAUUCAUUCGUUCUGUCCACGUAAUAGUUUUGUCGUAGGUUUUAGACAUUUUGAGCAUAGGCCAAAUACGUGGUCGAAUCCAAGUGGCUUUAUGUUAAAUGGCAAUGUUACUUGAUGAUGAUUUGAUUGUGACUUUAGUGCUUGUAAAAUCUCCUGAUUUUGCUAUGUGUAGGCUUCCGUCACGCUUUGUGUUGCUUUGUGUGCAUAGAAAUCAACUACUUGUUUUGAUUUUGACUAAUCACCAAUUUUCAAUAGACCUGGGUGAAUAAUCUGAGCCGCGGAUAAGUAAAAAGUUUUAAUCCAGUCAUCUUAUUAUAGGUUGAUCAUUACUUUUCUUACAGAUAAAUUAAUAAUGCAUUUCCUUAACCCUGGUAUCUAAAGCUGUUUACAAAAGCGACCGUAAAUGUCGUCGUCGCACCGCAAAUGGCCUUGUUUUUUACCACCUGCUUCUUUUAUAAAGUUAUUUUAUAAAAUUGUCCUCGAGAACGAGAAAUAGUUAACCAAAAAAAGGAUGAAAGAAAAGACUUUUUGCUUUUUCAUUUUCUUUAUGUUGCUAUCUAACAGAUGGGAACUUAGCAGCUGAAUUUUCCCGGCGGGCACGGCAAGGUUUCGGUUAGACAUCACAGGUCUUUGCCAAAUAAGCAGACAACAUUGUAAGAAAUUUUUCUUCAGUCCUAUUCUUCGACUCUAACAGACUAGUCAGCA